AGCUCCUCCGCGAUCGCGAAUCUCGUCUUGGAAGUGGUCCGAAUGGUGCAGUUCGUGUUUGUAGUCAUCCAUGGUUCUCUCCUGACUGGGCUCUAACUCAAAAAUCCUUAGGUCUUUUGGACUCAACAGAUCUGUCUUUGGUCGAUUGGUCUUGGACAAAUAUUAGGGCCUGCCGUGCCCCCUUCCAACCACGACUGACUAGUGAAACAGACACAUCUUACUUUCAGCUGGAGUCGGAUGAAGGUGAUCAGCAUUAUCGACCAACAAAUUCUCCCUCUUCAAAUAAAUUGGAAGAUCAAUUACCUGUUUCAGACAAUACAGAUAUGCGCGAUCAUUCUGCCCCUCUCAGAGAUGCUGAACACUUCCUCACGAAGUUUCCUGGCGUUCAGUCGGCUUUUGCAGGUUUUUCCUUCUCUUCACCUUAUCCGAGUCAUCUCUCCCUCCUCAGUGGACUUCACGUCGCCCCACAUAAUUUUACUCUCUCGCUGAACGCUGGUACCUCAUGCCCCCCUUUGGUGAAUGGAAUCACCACCAGCGACUCCUCCGGACCGUCCCACCCUUCGCGUCGUAAACCCGAUCUGCCAUCGCAAGCUACCCCCCUUCCUCCUCCGCUGCAUCCCGAGCAGUCAGAACAACCAGUAUUGGAUGAUCCAGUCUUCUGUAAAUCCCAGUUGACGCGAGUCCAGUCUCAGCUUGAUGAUGCCCUCCUUAUGGUUGAGUUACAUUCCAGUGAGGUGGUUAAUUUAACUCAACAGUUGGAGAAAUCUGAAACACUACGGCGUGAAUUAGAGUCUCAGCUGGCUCAACACGAGGCAUCCCAUCGCAUAACGAUGGAAGAAGCAGAGCGACGAGCAGAGACUGUUCAAAUGGAGGUCCAAACCAGCUUGGCGCGUCUAGAGGCGGAGCUUGCCGAAUGGAAGGCUAUAGCUCAAUCGAAACAAAUAGUUCGUGAUUUGCAACAGGAUACUGGUAGCACUACCCUGGCAUUUACGACUGCCCAGUUGUCAAUUCGUUCUGUCGAAGUUGUGGACAGCGUGUCUGCUUCGGAAAUGUUCGCCUCCAUGUCUUGUGCAACUCCCUCUAUCCUCGAGUUAAACAGAGAGUCUCAAACACCCAUCACCACAACGGAUACCGCACCAUCACCGGACCAUGUGGCUCAUUCUACAUUGUCUUCACCGGGCCUCGUUCACUUGAAUUCCCACUCGGAUCGUGUAGAACAGUUGGCGAGACGAGCGCACCGUGCUGAAGUGCUUGCACGGGAGGCCGCUGACAUGCUGGAAGCGGAACAACACUUCUGCCGGCUCUACAAAGAAACGUCUGCUGAGAAAUCGGAUCAGCUGAAAGAGUUGACACGUGAGCUGGCCGAGACUCGGGAGUUGCUCAGCGCCAGUCAAAAGGAUAGUCGGCGUUAUUAUGAGGAAUGUGAGGCUGCUCGUCGAGCUCUGGACGAAGAACAACUCCGCAGUCGCCGACACCGAGAAGCUGCUCGAGCUGCUGAUGAGCGCUCGAUUUCUGCCUCUCAACGCGCUGCACUUGCUCGCCGAGAGGCCGCGAAUCUUCGAGAUUCCUUGGAAUUAAUGAAACAAGCAUACGAGACAGAGAAAGCCAAGUGCUCUGCUGCUGUCAACAAACUCACAGAGCUCCAGACUUCGAUGCAAUCGGACGCGGGAAGUCAGGUCAUGUCCGGAAGCAAUACUGGGGCUCUGGAGCUUAUGUACAUAGCUAGCGCUGCCCAGUCAAAAGACACCAGCGGGACAUUCUAUCUUGGCAACGCCGCAACUCGACACAAAUUGGCUCUCAUCUUGGGGAACAGGCAACAGCAACAGAUGAGCAAUCAGGCGAGGGAAAUUAAGCGGCUUUUGAAUGAGAUCAAGCGUUUAAAUGCGGAGCUCGCGAUGUCCAAACGUGAGAAUCUCAACCUACAGGCCGCUCUGGCAGCAGCUGACCGCGUUGUUGACGAAGCGCAUUUUCAGAGGCUGCAACACAGCCGUGAAAAUAGUGAUGAUUUGAUCAUGAUGGAUGUACAGCGUGCAAUGCCCUCAUCUUUUGUACAAGCGCGAAGUCGCUCCGGUUUGUUUGGCCUCGGGAAGACCCAGGUUCGGUCGGCAGAUAGUGGUAUGGUCUUGAGCCGCUGUUCGUCUACCUCCAAAUCGCUAAUUGGCGCGGAACGUGAAGAUGCACUUGCUUCAUCUUCUUCCGAAGCGUCAACCUCGCGAGCUACACUGCCCCGACAAAAUUCUACUGGCGAACCCUUUUCUUUCAUCGGGUCUCGAACUGUUAUGCAAACAGAAGCAGCGCCCAGGAUCCCCAGCCCCUUGUCACCGGACUGGGGUGACUUCACCUUGGCUGGGGUAUUGGAGUAUGGCAGACGACAGCCGAGACGGAAGAAGCUCUUUUGGUCACCGCGUGUUGUGAAGCUAACAUCGGCACAUUUGACCGUAUGGAAUUACACCCCAGACACAAUCGGCAUCCUUGACUCUGGCCCCAGGCAUUCCUCGAUGAAUCGAGCUGGCCACGCCCCUACCUCCGGUACAGUUCCUCCCGCCCUACUCGAAGUGCCACUGCGUGCACUUUAUCAUGUUCGCCAACUCGAUCAGUCGGACGCGAUCCAUGAGCACCCCGAACAGUUGGCAACUAUCUUCAAUAUCGCUUACGAUCGAUUCUUCUCGGACGACUCUCCAUCCAAUUACGUGACAAUGAGCGGUGUAGUGGGUGUUGGUGGUCAACAACAUUCGCUGACCCUACCGCGUAAACUCAGUUUCGGAUCAUCGGCACAUUUCACGACAGUCCACAACCCCCACCCACCGUUGACUGACAAGCACCCUCAGUGCUCGGGGGACUCCAUCAACAUGAGGCGUUCGGUAGUUGGGUCAAGCCACGGGCACCUCGAUACCAUUACGUCAAACAAUUCGACCAGCCGUGCUCCGUCAUCCAAAGCCCAAUCAAUCUCCAUCUCACCGCACGUAAUCCUUGUACGUGGGCACAAGUUGCAUCAUAUUCGAUUUCCACGCAUGGCUGUUUGUGAUCUCUGCCGCAAAGCAUGUUGGCAGUUGGUAUCCCCACCACCAGCGUUCCAGUGCAUACUUUGCCAGCUCAAAUUCCAUGCCACUCAUUUGAACACUCAAGAUUAUGCAAUACCUGCUUGCGGCAAAGCUAUUGUGUCGCUCGUGUUCCGCUGCGCCUCCAGUACGGAGCGGGAGAAGUGGGUCAGGUGUAUUCGGGCGGCCAUGCAAUUCACCAAAAUGAACUCACCCGCCGCCAACCCUACCACUGCCACUUCAUCCGCGGAUUAUCAUUCUUCAACUGCACAUCGCUGUCUUCCACUUGAUUCCGAUCCAGCAGCCACUACUCAUGAAAUGUUUGCUUUUGCACGCGCCCCCUCUGUUGCUGCUGCUGAAGUCCCGGUUCCUUCUUAUUCGCCGGUUUUUCCUCUGGACGAUAUGUUGCAUAAUGGCGAUCACUCAGACCAUUCAGAACGUCUGUCCGACGAGUCAAGCGCAAGGACUGUCGCUGAGUGCCAACUUGAAUCUGCUUCCAGUACAGCGGAUUCGGGGGCAAUGGCAACCGCCGAUCAUUGCGCCAUGAAUGGUAAUCAUCGCUUUGAUCACAAUGGUGGCAAUCAUGGGAGCUAAUCAGCGACGAACGGCCGUGCCUGUUAGCCCGGGUUCGACCUCUUCCCUGUACCACAGCUGGAUUGUGUACAUGUAUGCGGGACGAUGCUGGACCUCAUUCACUCAAUCAUCGAUCUCAACGCGGUUUUCUCUUUUCCCUUCCGGUUUGAAUACCAAAACCGUUUGUACAGCACUUGCGUUGAGGCUUGUCUAAUCCUUUCCGUACUCUUCUCAACUUCUUACGCAAAAUUGUUUGGUGCUCACUUCUCCCUGUCUUCCAACCUAUUUUAGGUUUGCAUCCGUGAUAAUUCUAGCAUCUUUGUCGGUGACAUACCCCGUUCUAACCAUGAACAUCACACUACACAGCCCCGAUUGUUCUUCCAUUUUUGAGCCUUGACUUUGAUCCGCAUAGUCGCUUUUCAUCGCGGUUGCGGUGUCGCUCCACUCUCACUGGUGCUCUUAGCCUCCAUAGGUCUUAGUGCUUUCAGUGUUUUGGACCAACCAUCUUCCAACGCCUACUUUCCCUUGCAUUUAUUGUCACCUUCAUUCGCAACAUUGCACACCUAUAGAGCGAUCCAUGAUUUUCUUGUUUGCCCAUCAUUUCAUUGGUUUAUACCUCAUUGACUUCAUUUUCUCUGCUGUGCUCACACGGAACUUUAACAUGGUUUUGUUGCUUGAAAUGACGGAUUGUCCUUCCCCUGUUCCUUCUUUUGUGGUAGGCAUCACGCGUCGUUCGGUUGUUUGUCAUGUUUUUUGUUCUUCCUUACUUGAUAUUUGUGCCCCGAAGGCUACCACACAUUCUACUUUCAGGACCGUGCCGUCUAUGUUGUCCGACUGCAUACACUGAACUACUGUUCUCUCGCAGCAUCGUCUAUUCUUCCAUGUAUAUUAUUGGGUUGUGUUCGUAGAACCUGUACCAACAUGCAUCCGCGCAAUACGAGCAGUUUGCACGUGCAACUCGCUCUGGAAUUGCCCACUAUCAACACUUUCUACACAAACACCCACAACUUUUUACUGAUGAUGUCACUCCGACCGAUGUUGGACGUCCAAUUCAACGGUCACAUU